AUGUCCUCAUUCCUCCCCACAAUCCUCUGUCUGCAUGGCACGGGCACAUCGGCCAGCAUCUUUGCAGCACAAACACGAAAACUGCGGUCUGCCCUACAAUCACAAUUCAAAUUCGUCUUCAUCGACGCACCCCACCCCUCAGCACCAGGUCCUGGUGUCGUUCCCGCAUACGUCGAUUCAGGGCCCUUCUACAGCUGGUUUUCCCCCUCAGCAAAUGACUCGAUGGAAUGUGUAGCUAGAGAAUUUGUCACCUGCAACGAACACAUCAUCAAGACCUUGUUAGCACGCGACAUCCAACCUUCGAGCAUCACGGCUGUCAUGGGCUUCUCCCAGGGGACCAUCGUAGCUUCCAUGCUGUUGGGCUUGGCUCAAUACCACGUUAUUGAAUGGGCAUCGAUGGAUGUCAGCCUGGCCGCGGUGCCAUGGGCCGGUCUGCGGUUCGGGGCGCUGCUGUCGGGGUCCUGCAGUGAUGGUGUCGUGACUGCGUUUAUGGGUAAGAAGUUGCAAUUGCCAUGCGUGCAUUUGCACGGUCUGCAAGAUCCCUUCUUGGAGCAUGCGAGGAUGCUCCACACCAAGAUCUAUCAUGCCACUUCAUCGGAUGUGAUUGAGUUUGAUGGUGGCCACAACAUUCCUGGAAGCAAAGCGGAUCUUGACAGGCUGGUUGCUCUGAUCCGAGGUCUGAACAGGAAGACUAAGACGAAAGUAUGGGCAAAGAGAAGAUGA